AUGCCCACCGAACUGCGGCAUGUUACGAAGCCUCCUGGCUGUUCAGGCGGGCCCCCUGGACCAUCGCCUUUUAUACCAGACACCAAAAAGAUAACGCCAGUUCAUGAGCCAUAUGUUCCAGGCGUCACAUUCAGAAACCCAUUCAACGAGGACCCUCAAACCAAAGCAAGGCGUGACGCACAGGAUUUUAUCGAGCACCAACGCAAAGAUUGGGAAAACGCAACGAAAAGGGCAAAGCAAGAGUGGGAAGCGCUCUUUGAGAAGCAACGGCCUGAACAGCCCGAACAGAGACGGACACGUCCAUGUGACAGCGGUACCAACGACCGCAUCAACUUCGACCGCCCCUCCCGGCGCGCCUCCUCCAGCAAGUCCAACAACCACAACAUCCUCAAGCGCUUCUCCCCCGCCCCCUCAGGCAAAUCCAAAUCCUCCACCGCUCACACCAAAAGCUCCCGCAGCCAGAAGUUCAGAGAUGGCACGAAAAAGAUAGCCGAGAGCGUGAAAUCCCAGUCCAAGUCUGUGCUUGGCAAAAUAAAGAAAUUCGGGUCCUGGUUCAAGAAGAGGCUGGGCAACAACAAGAAGAAGAAGAAGAGGAAGCCGAGCAAGAAGAGGAAGCAAAAGACAGCUUGA